AUGUGGUGGUGAUAGUGUGAUACUAAUACCAUAUCCAUUCAUUUCAUGAUUUGGAGAGGGAAGGGGGGCGGCAAUGGCUAUUGCCUUUCCAAUUCAGCGCUUCUACGAUAUUCCCAUCUCUCUCUCCACUUGUUCCCCUCGCUGCAUUUCAGGCCACUCUCAGGCUAAAGGUUUUGCAGUUCCACGGAGGAAAGCAUUGUCCUUGUCCUUGUCCUUGCUCCUACCAACUUACAUUCUCUCUGCCUCUGCUGCAUUGGCUCAGCACUCCCCUGUGCUUCGCGAAUACGUAGACUCAUUUGAUGGCUAUUCAUUCAGGUACCCCAGCAACUGGAUCCAAGUGCGUGGUGCCGGUGCUGACAUCUUCUUCAGAGACCCUUAUGUUCUCGAUGAAAACAUAUCUGUUGAGAUCUCCUCUCCAUCAUCUUCCAGAUACAAGACUGUUCAGGACUUGGGUUCACCCCAAGAAGCCGGCAAAAAGGUUCUCAAGCAAUAUCUCACUGAAUUCAUGUCUACCAGGCUUGGUGUUAGACGCGAAUCCAACAUCCUUUCCACCUCUUCCAGAGUUGCCGAUGAUGGCAAGUUGUACUAUCAAGUUGAGGUAAACAUCAAGUCAUAUGCAAACAACAAUGAGCUUGCUGUUAUGCCACAAGAGCGGGUGGUACGCAUGGAAUGGGAUCGGAGGUAUCUUUCAGUACUUGGAGUUGAAAACAAUCAACUCUAUGAGUUGAGAUUGCAAGUGCCAGAGAAUGUCUUUACAGAGGAACAAAAUGAUCUUCGUCAAGUCAUGGAUUCUUUUCGUGUCAACAAGAUUGCUGCUUAGGAAGAUAAUAUAAUAUAUAUUCACUUUCUCUUGCCAGAGAGAGCAACACCCAUCAUCUUAAAACCCACUCUAAAUGUGGGGAAGGUGUGAAGACGCUCCAAUCCAGUCUCAAGCACCAACGUUCCAGACAUUGAAGGGGCUUUAUCUUUUGGGAUCCGACCAAUGAUCCAAUUGCAUGUCUGAUAAAAUAGAAUACAAAGAAAGCUUCAUUUCUUCAAAUUGCAUGCUGAAAUAGUGAAAUAUGGAG